GGCCACCACGGCAGCGGCGAGCGCGGCCGCCCCCGGCACCACGUAAACCGCCCCCGCCCGCCCAGCCGCGGCCCAGGCCCGAGCGGAGCCUGCCGCCUGCUGCCGUCCGCCUGCAGCUCGCCUCCUCAGCCCAGAGCGUCGCCUCCUGGCCCGCGGAGGAGGUGGAGGCGCGGCUUUCACCGCGGCGCGCGCCCUCGCCGUUGUCUGAGCUCUGCUCUGGACCAGUUUGGGGAAGUUGCCGGGGCCCCGCGUCACCCAGAUGUGCGACCUCAUUGAGCCGCAGCCGGCCGAGAAGAUCGGCAAGAUGAAGAAGUUGCGGAGAACUUUGUCAGAGAGUUUCAGCCGCAUUGCUUUGAAGAAAGAUGACACCACCUUUGAUGAGAUAUGUGUCACAAAGAUGUCUACACGGAAUUGCCAGGGAAUGGACUCAGUGAUCAAACCCCUGGACACAAUUCCUGAGGAUAAAAAAGUCAGAGUUCAGAGGACACAGAGCACUUUUGACCCAUUUGAGAAACCAACUAAUCAAGUAAAGAGGGUGCAUUCUGAGAACAAUGCUUGCAUUAACUUUAAGACCUCCUCCACUGGCAAAGAGUCACCUAAAGUUAGGCGGCACUCCAGCCCCAGCUCGCCAACAAGUCCCAAAUUUGGAAAAGCUGACUCAUAUGAAAAACUGGAAAAAUUAGGGGAAGGAUCUUAUGCUACAGUAUACAAAGGGAAAAGCAAGGUAAAUGGGAAGUUGGUAGCUCUGAAGGUGAUCAGGCUGCAAGAAGAAGAAGGGACACCUUUCACAGCUAUCAGGGAAGCUUCUCUAUUAAAAGGACUGAAACAUGCUAACAUAGUGCUACUUCAUGACAUCAUCCAUACCAAGGAGACGCUGACACUUGUGUUUGAAUAUGUGCACACUGAUUUAUGUCAGUACAUGGACAAGCACCCUGGGGGGCUGCAUCCAGAUAAUGUGAAGUUGUUUUUAUUUCAGUUGCUGCGGGGUCUGUCUUACAUCCACCAGCGUUAUAUUUUGCACAGAGACCUGAAACCACAGAACCUUCUGAUCAGUGACACGGGGGAGUUGAAGCUAGCAGAUUUCGGUCUUGCAAGAGCAAAAUCCGUCCCUAGCCACACAUACUCCAACGAAGUGGUUACCCUGUGGUACAGACCUCCAGAUGUCCUUCUAGGCUCAACAGAAUAUUCCACCUGCCUUGACAUGUGGGGAGUAGGUUGCAUCUUUGUUGAAAUGAUCCAAGGAGUUGCUGCUUUUCCAGGAAUGAAAGACAUUCAGGAUCAACUUGAACGAAUAUUUCUGGUUCUUGGAACGCCAAAUGAGGACACAUGGCCUGGAGUUCAUUCUUUACCACAUUUUAAGCCAGAACGCUUUACCCUGUACAGCUCUAAAAACCUUAGACAAGCGUGGAAUAAAAGGAAAGAAAAAGGAGUGAAGGAGAGGAAGAAAGAGGAAGAAAAAGAGGGAGAGAGAAGGGAAAUGUUGCUUUAUUCUAAAAAAAAUGGGCUCAGCUAUGUGAACCAUGCAGAGGAUCUGGCCUCCAAGCUCCUACAAUGUUCCCCAAAGAACAGACUAUCGGCACAGGCUGCCUUGAGCCACGAGUACUUUAGUGACCUGCCCCCACGGCUAUGGGAACUCACCGAUAUGUCUUCUAUUUUUACUGUCCCAAAUGUGAGAUUGCAACCAGAAGCUGGAGAAAGCAUGCGGGCCUUUGGGAAAAACAAUAGUUACGGCAAAAGUCUAUCAAACAGCAAACACUGACAAGCAGCACAUUCUCAAGAGUGCAUGGGAUUAAGUUGUCAUCAUUCUGGGAAGAAAAAAAAAUUAACGAAGUGGCCAAUAAUAUGAAGGGAAUCUUGGAUCAGUUUUCUUUCGCUCCCUGUGGUGAAUUUCACUUACAAGAAAGUUGAAGCUGGCAAGACCCUGUUUUCUCUGCAAUUUAUUUAAAACCUUGCACGCAUUUGGAUACCUUGUGAUUUCCAAGAACUAUGUGAAGAUUAAGCUUUGCUUACUGAUACAUGGCAUGUGUUCUUUUCAGUCUUUUGUGUUUGAUUUUGUUUGAUUUCCCUCUGCAGCGCAGCGUCUCUGUAAAGGUUUUUAUGCUUUCACCAGCCAUGUCUUAAAUACAUUAAGACAACACAUUUGGUGUUCACACUUCUUCAGUAAUGUCUGUACUUGAAAGCCACAGAGUGGCAUAAAACAAUGUGUGUUUUCUUUGAGAGCAGUGCAUAUUUUGCAAUCACUAGGAAGGAAAUUUUCUGCUAAAGCAAACCUCUGUUCUCUGACUUGACAACUUGGCCCCUGACUGUGGGGCCCCACCUGUCGCUUACCUUUUGAGAACAUUUGCAAAUGUGGUUUUUUUACUUGGAAAUAGCUGCACAUUUAUAUAUAGGAUAUUGGACUGUGCUUAGCAUUUUCAAGCCACAUAGCAUGACUGUUUUUUGAAUAGGUUGGGAGAGAAAAAAACAAUUAUCAAACAUUAAGAGCAAAGACAGUGAUAAAUUGCUUAUGUUUCAACUUCUGGAGAUUGAGGUAACUUUGUGUCUGGGUCUUGUCCACAUCUUAUUUUUUUCCAUCCAUUCUGUUACACUUUGCAUUUUCUAACUAGAGAAAAGAGUGAGGAACAGAAUGUUUUAAACCUGGUGCAAAAGAUUUUAUCUGUCUGUUGGAUGAGCCUUGAAAGCAAUUUUGGCUGGUUAAGGCUUGCAAAGUAAAUUACAUAGUGAUCCAGUUCAAAGUUUGCUCAGUUACAACAAAGCACCUUUUUAAAAAAAUUACAUUAAAAAAAAAUUCCAAGCCAUUGGAAGACAUCAUUGGGUUCCUUACUUUAAGACAUCUCCUGAAAUAACUGUUCAAAUGUAGAUUUGAGAAACAAGGCAGGAAUCUUGCUUUAAAGAUGGAAAGGGAAUGGCCCAGCUUCCCUUGUUCAAGGAGUUGAGGGACCUUGGAGGAUGCAGGUGAGUGUGUGACACUGGGGAAAAGUGGACCAGGCAGGUGUUUUGCUUUGAUCUGGAGGGAGGGCUGCCUGAUGCAGGCCGGCUCCCAGUGGGGCAGGCCUCGCUGCAGAAUGCCCAAUAGUACUGCAGCCAAAGGGGCAGUUAGGAGACUUCAUCUAAAGCAUGAACCUAGCUCCUCUGCCCACAAAUUCCUACAGAAAUACCUUUGUGUACAUUGUCUUACAUUUUCCUGUUGGUCAGAAAGAAGGAGAGAAUGAGUGAGUGCUUGAAAUGUGUCACGCGUUUUUAGGAUCAAGACUAGGAAUUAAGAGCCAGAUUGACAAAGCCUUUUUCUGAGAGUUGGGUGAGAGUAAAGCUUUUCUAUAAUCAAGCUCAAUACACUAAGGAAACUGGACGCAGAACUCUUAAACUUUAAAAUGGUACUCUCUCCAGAGUGGAGUAUGGGUCGUUAUGUCAAGGUCAUAGUUCAUCCUAUCCAGACAUAGCAUUCAUUGUAAACUUUUAAGUGCUAAGCAAGGAAUUAUUUACUGAUUGGUUUUAAAGAGAACAGAAAACACCCAAGUGUAGAAUGUCUACUGUUUGCCACCUAGAAAUCUUUUCCAUUCCUCUUUCAUACAUUCCAACCCACUGGAAGUCUUUAGAGGUAUUUUAAUUUAAAGUGUACUUAAAUUAGGAUUUCUUAAAAAUAUAUAUAGGGAGAAAAAUUUACAUUGCAAUUAAAAAUGGCCUUUCCUGUGACUUGUUUUGAAUCAUUCAUUUGGAGAAGCAUGACUUUUGUAUUUCACUAAGUCUAAAGCAAGAGCAACUGAUCAUUAAAUGUUGCUUUUUAAUAAGGUUUUUAAUUUGAAAAUAUUUAAUGUUGAAAGACUUCAACUAGGACUAUUAGAGAUGCAUGUCCCUGUCAUAGGCAGCUUCUUUGGAGAAGUGAAAUAUAAUACUGAUCAGCAGAGGGAAAAUUCUGUUUUGUUACAGAGACAUACCUCUCACAAGGUCAGGAGGUUUUGAGUACCCUAUACUUGCCAUCCAUACAGGAAAUCCAAAGUUUGGUUCUCUCUCUCUCUCUCUCUCUCUCUCUCUCUCUUUCUCUCUCUCUCUCUCUCUCUCUCUCUCUCUCUCUCUUUCUUUCCUACCCCCAACCCCUCUCGCUCCCUCCCUCUCUCCUUCUCCUAUUUGCAAUCAUGUUCUCCCUCGGUUUCUCUUCUUUUCUGUCCUCUUUGUGGGCAGUCAUGAAAAUCAAUACAAACUGUGUUCAUUAGCAGAUUUAUUAUUCUAUUGAGAAAGCACUGGAAUGUUUUGUGAGAUUAUUUUUAUAUGAAGGAAUAUCGUGAACUCAAACAGAUGGUAAGAAUAGUACAAACACCUUAGCACAUCACUGCACACACAGUAUUCUGAAAGGAGAGUUGACCCUUAAUUUCCAUUUUCUUGAAAGAACAGUUUGGUUGAUUUAAAAAUAUACAUAGGAUGUGAAAAAAAAAUGUUUGCAACGCUCAGCAAAAAAUAGGGGACCUAAGACAGGGCGGCUGUCCAUCCACUGAUGCAGGGGUGAGAAGCAAUUUCUACCUCCCAAGUGUGAUUAGAAAGUUUCCAGGAGCCCUCCAGACUUACAAAGAAAGUGAGGCCUCUUGGUAUCCAUUCCUCAGUGUUUAUAUGACAGCCAGUAUAAUCAGUACCCUUGGUUAUGCAUCUAUAUAAGAUACUCAUCAGUGAAUAUUAUUGGUUUUGUAAUCUUUGUUAUAUAAGAAGAUAUUUAGGCUGUAUAUACUGGGGUAGAUUAUUGCCUGCCCCCUAUACAUAGGAAUAUGCUGCAUAAUUGUGCAUAAGUUCCAUCUCCCUUACUGGCUUGUAGGCAGAGGAAAUGUAUAUGUUAUUGCCUUGUAAUUUUCUCAUACACCAAAAACACACAAAAAAUCAAUAAAAUAAGCAAUCUUCUAUUCUCAUUCCUUUUCCUACAGCAGCAUAUUUUAGAGGCACAUACAAAACCUACAUUCUCUAGUUGGGAGUGGAUUUUUUAAAUUUUCCUUUUAUCUUUUAUUAUUAUUUUUUUGUAUGAUGCACUGAGAUAUGUACUUUCUAACAGGGGGUGGUACCUAAGAAAUGUGUUAGCAUUAUUCAGAAAACUAUUAUACUUACAAAUGACACAUAGUAAGGAGAAUGGAAUAAUACAUGUUGCAUAUUUGUUGCCAGUUGUGAUUUGUCUGUAUUAUGAAAGAUGUAAUGGUUUGUCAGCUGUCACUGUUGUUUUCUUGUAACAUGAUAUGGAAUAAAGUAUAGCAAAAUCUC